GCCGGAGAUUGAGGUCAUGUACGACCUUGAUCACAAUGAGCAUUCCCAGACGAGCGCUCGAAUGCGGAGUGUCCAGAUGAUUACCCAAUACCUGUCUAGCCGGAAACUUGACGACUUGAGAAACAGUCGUCGACGUGCACUCAGUCUAUUAGCAUGGGCGGAGCAAGACACAAUCAGAUGGGACGCUGGGUACAUUGAAUCGUUUGUUCACCUUGUUGGCAUGAUGGGCCCCGAUGUUGAAGCAAUGCCUGAAUUCAGGCGACUAUCGCCCGUCACCAGGCGGAACCUAGGCAUGUCUGCUAAUGCAUUAAAAUUAAGGACCCUAGAAGCUGAGGAGAGGUUAUCUACGUUCGAUUUUUCCGACAUGUGGGAGGACCCAAAGAAUUCUGCGAACAACCCAAUUUUCAAGAGCUUCAUAGCGUUUCGACAGUUCCUCCUCAAUUUCUUCGUAGAGGCGUAUGGAGCGUGGCCGCCAAGCCCCAACAAAGGAUGGCUAAAACGGAAAGCCAUACAAAGUCUACAAAACGACUUUGGUGCUUUAUACGACUACCUCGUAAACCGCGAAGUCGUCUGGGACUCACAAGAAGAAAGACCUGGAAAGAAAUGGCAAAUGAGCAAUCAAGACCCAGAGGAAGAAUUCCAGGCUGAUUCUGCCGACUUGCCUCUGACUGAUAUGCUGGUCGGCUUCGACAACAGACACGGAUAUUUACAUAUCCCGCAUCCUUAUCCACUUCUCCCACGCUUCGUCAACGCACCGAAAGCUCAAGCAAAGAAAAACUUCUUUAGUUCGCUGAAGAAAUCAAAAAACGACCCCACCAAGGACGCGAAGACCCAUCUUCAACUGUCUAUUGUCUUCAGCGAUGCCACCAACAUCCAGAGGCUUGGGGUCUCCUUUGCAGGCAACGCUCUUAUCGAUUAUUUCGAGCAAUUUGAGCUCGCGGCAGACCUCAAAGGCGUCUCGCCUCGCGAAUCUCGUCUCGGCAGAUGGGUCCUCCUCUACGGCGUCCUCCAAGUCCUCUCUAAACUCUCCGUCGACACGCAGGGCCUUAAGUACUCGGAGGGCGUGCAAUACUUUCUCUGCGCUGACCUCAAGCGCACUCCACCGUGGGAAACAACUAGUGCACACGGCAUGGUCGAGGCCUCACAACUAGCUAGUUGGUGCUGGCAGCGGGAC